AUGCCAAAGUUAAUUUUAGUUAGACACGGUCAAAGUGAAUGGAAUGAAAAGAACUUGUUUACCGGUUGGGUUGAUGUUAAAUUGAGUGCCAAGGGUGAACAAGAAGCCAAGAGAGCUGGUGAAUUGUUGAAAGAAAAGAACGUCCACCCAGAUAUCUUGUUUACUUCUAAGUUAUCUAGAGCUAUCAACACUGCUAACAUUGCUUUGGCUCAAACUGAUAGAUUAUGGAUCCCAGUUAAGAGAUCUUGGAGAUUGAACGAAAGACACUACGGUGCUUUACAAGGUAAGGACAAGGCUGCCACUUUAGCCAAAUACGGUGAAGAGAAAUUUACCACCUGGAGAAGAUCUUUUGACGUUCCACCACCACCAAUUGAAGCUGAUUCUGAAUUCUCUCAAGCCGGUGAUGCCAGAUACGGUGACGUUGAUCCAAAUGUCUUGCCACAAACUGAAUCUUUAGCUUUGGUUAUUGACAGAAUGUUGCCAUACUGGCAAGACGAGAUUGCCGCUGAAUUAUUGAGCGGUAAGACUGUUAUGAUUGCUGCCCAUGGUAACUCUUUGAGAGCUUUGGUUAAAUAUUUGGACGGUAUCAGUGAUGCUGACAUUGCCAAGUUGAACAUUCCAACUGGUAUUCCAUUGGUCUACGAAUUAGACAACCAAUUGAAACCAACUAAACCAUCUUACUACUUGGACCCAGAAGCUGCUGCUGCUGGUGCCGCUGCCGUUGCUAACCAAGGUAAGAAAUAA